UCUCUGCUCCAUUCAGCCCCGUUCCGCCCGGGAAGCCACGGAGCCACACACCGAGGCACCGAGCUAGCUAGCUACCUCAAUUUUCUCUCUUCUUUUUCCUCACCGCCCCCCACCGAGCAACUCCAACUCCUGCUCGUCGUCCUCACUCCACUACCGCUAGUGCGGUGGCCGCGCCAGCUUCACUAGAACAGCCCAUAAUCCCGGAAGGAAGCUACGCUGCCGUCGUAGCUGCUAGCUCCUGUUCGUGAUCCUUCCGGGGGGCGGCAACAAAGAAGCAAUGGCGGCAGUCGGCGCGCAGCUGGCUGCGGCGGCCUUGCUCCUCGCCGCGGCGCUCUGCCUGUUGCUGGCGGGGCCGUCGGCGGCGACCAACGUGACGUACGACCACCGCGCGAUCGUCAUCGACGGCGUGCGCCGCGUGCUCGUCUCCGGCUCCAUCCACUACCCGCGGAGCACCCCCGACAUGUGGCCGGGGCUGAUGCAGAAGGCCAAGGACGGCGGCCUGGACAUCGUCGAGACCUACGUCUUCUGGGACGUCCACGAGCCCGUCCGGGGACAGUACGACUUCGAGGGCAGGAAUGACCUGGUGAGGUUCAUCAAGGCCGCCGCCGACGCCGGCCUCUACGUGCACCUCAGGAUCGGCCCCUACGUCUGCGCCGAGUGGAACUACGGAGGCUUCCCGCUAUGGCUGCACUUCAUCCCGGGGAUCAAGUUCCGCACCGACAACGAGCCUUUCAAGACGGAGAUGCAGCGGUUCACGGAGAAGGUGGUGGCCACAAUGAAGGGGGCGGGGCUGUACGCGUCGCAGGGCGGGCCGAUCAUCCUGUCACAGAUCGAGAACGAGUACGGAAACGUCGCCGUCAACUACGGCGCAGCAGCGAAGCCCUACAUCCGGUGGGCGGCCGGGAUGGCCGUCGCGCUCGACACCGGCGUGCCGUGGGUCAUGUGCCAGCAGACCGACGCGCCGGACCCAAUCAUCGACACAUGCAACGGGUUCUACUGCGACGCGUACAAGCCCAACUCCAACAGCAAGCCCACGCUGUGGACCGAGAACUGGAGCGGAUGGUUCCUCUCCUUCGGCGGCGGCGUGCCGUACCGCCCCACCGAGGACCUCGCCUUCGCCGUCGCGAGAUUCUACCAGCGCGGCGGCACAAUGCAGAACUACUACAUGUACCACGGAGGGACCAACUUCGGCCGGAGCUCCGGAGGGCCAUUCAUCGCCACGAGCUACGACUAUGACGCUCCGAUCGACGAGUACGGUCUAGUAAGACAGCCGAAGUGGGGUCACCUCAGGGAUGUGCACAAGGCAAUAAAGAUGUGUGAACCUGCACUCAUAGCAACUGAUCCAUCAUACAUGUCCCUUGGUCAAAAUGCUGAGGCGCAUGUAUACAAGACUGGUUCGGUAUGUGCGGCAUUCCUCGCCAAUAUCGACGACCAAUCUGACAAAACUGUCACCUUCAACGGCAAGGCAUAUAAACUCCCUGCGUGGUCUGUCAGCAUCCUUCCUGACUGCAAGAAUGUGGUGCUUAACACUGCUCAGAUCAAUUCUCAAGUGACAUCUACACAAAUGAUAAACAUGGCUUCCAGCACUCAAGCGUCUGACGAUUCGUCAAUCGAAGCGGAACUCGCUUCGUCUGGCUGGAGCUACGCCAUAGAACCCGUUGGUAUCACAAAGGAAAAUGUCGUGACAAAACCUGGACUGAUGGACCAGAUAAAUACCACGGCAGAUGCCAGCGACUUCCUGUGGUACUCAACAAGCGUCAUCGUUAAUGGUGGUGAGCCCUAUCUGAAUGGUAGUCAGUCCAAUCUUCUUGUCAACUCACUUGGGCAUGUUGUUCAGGUCUACAUCAAUGGCAAAUUGGCAGGCAGCGGCAAGGGUAGUGCUAGCAGCUCCUUGAUCUCAUUGACAACACCAGUUACACUUGUACCUGGGAAAAAUAAAAUAGAUCUUCUCAGCACAACAGUUGGCCUCACGAACUAUGGUGCAUUCUUUGACCUGGUUGGUGCUGGAAUUACUGGUCCAGUAAAGCUGAGUGGACCAAAAGGUGCGCUGGAUCUAUCUUCUACAGAUUGGACAUACCAGAUUGGACUCAAAGGGGAGGACUUGCAUCUGUAUAAUCCUUCAGAGGCCUCUCCAGAAUGGGCUUCCGAUAACGCUUACCCAACUAAUCAACCAUUGAUCUGGUACAAGACCAAAUUUACAGCUCCUGCAGGCGAUGAUCCUGUUGCCAUAGACUUCACGGGAAUGGGAAAAGGUGAGGCUUGGGUGAACGGGCAGAGCAUUGGUCGCUACUGGCCAACAAAUCUCGCGCCGCAAAGCGGCUGCGUCAAUUCAUGCAACUACAGAGGACCUUAUACUUCAAGCAAAUGCUUGAAGAAAUGUGGGCAACCAUCACAAACUUUGUAUCAUGUACCCCGCUCGUUUCUCCAACCAGGCAGCAAUGAUCUAGUCCUUUUCGAGCAGUUUGGUGGUGACCCAAGCAAGAUAUCCUUCACGACUAAGCAGACAGCAAGCGUAUGUGCACACGUGUCCGAGGAUCAUCCUGACCAAAUCGAUAGCUGGAUCUCUCCCCAGCAGAAGCUGCAGAGGUCUGGGCCAGCACUUCGUCUGGAGUGCCCCAAAGCAGGCCAGGUCAUCAGCAGUAUCAAGUUCGCAAGCUUCGGGACACCAAGUGGCACCUGUGGGAAUUACAACCAUGGUGAAUGCAGCAGCUCUCAAGCUCUAGCGGUUGCUCGGGAGGCAUGCGUUGGGGUGAGCAGUUGCAGUGUGCCAGUGUCAGCUAAAUACUUUGGAGAUCCAUGUACAGGAGUCACAAAAAGCCUUGCGGUCGAAGCUGCAUGCUCUUGACCUUAAGAAAAAAAAAUUGUUAGUAGGAGGUAAAAGCAGAUUGAGGGGGUGAAACCAAAAUCCUCCUCUGUGUAGACAAGCAGGCAAGAAAGAAUAAUUGUUCCAGAAAUGCUGGUCAAAUGGAAUAAAAUAAUCCCAAAUCUAUUGGAGCAGAGCAAGCCAUUAAAUUGUAUGCUUGGAGUGAGUUGUACUUGUUAGCAUGACAAUUCUAUAUAUUUUUACAAUGUAUUCUUUUACAAUUUUAGAGAUAAUUCAAUCAACACAAGCAUAUCUCUGUCUGUUGAAUGUAAAGGUUCGUCAAACCGACUCUCCUGCUAAAUACAGAGCUCAUGUGCGACCAGAGUCA